AUGUCUGCCUUAUCCGAGCGACUCGUAAUGCAGCUGCUUCGCAUUCGCAACCGCGAACUAGAGCUAGAGACGAAGCAGCAGGAGCUGGACAGCAAGCUGAGGCAGGAGGAAGAUCUCCGCAAGGAGCUCGAGGUCGAGCAGGAGAAGCUGGCAAAGUUGCGGAGGGUACAAGAGACCCUCGAGAAAAUGAACGAAGAGCUGGAGGCGAAGUACAAGGCGGUGAAAGAGGACGACGAACUGCAGCGAAAGCAGAUCUCGGAGGAGCUGAAGAAGCGCAUUGCCGAGGUGGAUGAGGUGUCAAAAGAUUUGGCGGAGCGUGAGCAGCGUGCGCAGUCGCGAAAGGAACUGCUUUUGAAGCAACUGGAGAUCUACGAUCAGCACUCGAGCUCCGGCAAGGAGAAGUUCGACGAGCUCGUGGCGAAGCGCGCAACCGAGAUUGAGGUGCUCACCAAGAAAAAGGGCGAUAGCAUUCGCCGCACCCCGGAGCUGCGGAAACAGCUAGAGACGGAGACAGAGCAGCUGACCACCGCCAAGGCGCAGCAGGUGGUGCUCCAGGCCAAGGUGAACGAGUUCCUGGACCGUUUCUCGGUUAUUCAAUCACAGCUGAACGAGGCCAAGAAGGUGUACGAGUCUGCCUCAACCGAUAAGGACCGCAACACGCGCAUGCUCAAGGCACUGGAGAGCGACCUUGAAAUGCUUCGGCGUCGCGCCGCGACGAGUAAAGCAGAGCGCGACAAGGAGCUCGCCAAGGUCACUGCGCUGACGGAGAAGAAGGAAGCGGUACGAAGCCAAAUCAAUACCUUUGAGAACAUCACAAAGAUGCUGUCCGCGGGUGAAGAUGGCGAUGCGGCGACUGGGUCGACAGAGUCGAGAGAGUGA